ACUCCUGGACAGUGACCCUGAUGUCUGUUCUGAGCCGUGCACUCAGAGGUCUGAUAAACUUGGUCUCUGGCUUUUCCUUGAUGGUGCUUUAAAAAAUGAUGAUUGGCUGCUUUCCCAAGCCCCAGAGGUCUGUCUAGCCUGAAGGCCGUUGUCUGCGUAGGGCAGACAGUCCCCCUCUGGGUCAGCUAGCAGAGAGCUCGCCUGGAAGACACGGCAGGGAGAGCACCCCCGACGGGACAAGCUGUUUGGGAGCUGCUGGACUGGCCCCCGGGGACCUGGAGCCUUAGAUUCCACACAGGAGCUUGCGGGGAAGGAGAAGGGCAACUAGCAGCCAGCCCCACUGGGCGCCAUGGCGUCCGCCGAGCCACUGACCGCGCUGUCCCGCUGGUACCUGUACGCCAUCCACGGCUACUUCUGCGAGGUGAUGUUCACGGCCGCCUGGGAGUUCGUGGUGAACUUUAACUGGAAGUUCCCGGGGGUCACGAGCGUGUGGGCGCUCUUCAUCUACGGCACGUCCAUCCUCAUCGUGGAGCGCAUGUACCUGCGCCUGCGGGGCCGCUGCCCCCUGCUGCUGCGCUGCCUCAUCUACACGCUCUGGACCUACCUGUGGGAGUUCACCACCGGCCUCAUCCUGCGCCAGUUCAACGCCUGCCCCUGGGACUAUUCCCAGUUCGACUUUGACUUCAUGGGCCUCAUCACCCUGGAGUACGCCGUGCCCUGGUUCUGCGGGGCCCUCAUCAUGGAGCAAUUCAUCAUCCGCAACACCCUCCGCCUCCGGUUUGACAAGGACGCCGAGCCCGGGGAGCCCGGGGGCCCCCUGGCCCUGGCCAACGGCCACGUCAAGACAGACUGAAUGGGGCUGGUGGGCGGGGCCCGGGGCGCUCUCACGGACGCGGGGGACAGAGGUAUCAGGCUGGUGGGGUUACAUCUUCUGAACAGCACAAGCCCUGGCAGGGGGCCUGCCUCAGCCCCCUAGGGCACACACGACAUUGGCCUCUCUCCAGCACCCUCCUCUGGGGGCCGGGUGAGGUGUGGGGGGCGGGUGUGGAGGGAGCGGAGGGACUCUGGGAAGGGUCUGGGUCUCUGCGCCCAGCUCAGAGGCUGGCGGCAGGAGGCCUGUGGCUAAGCAGCGGCUGGAACCCCCCGGGUGACUUUGGAAGCAGCAGGCCCUGUCCUGGCUAAGGGGCUCUGAGAACGGGGCAGAAGGUGGGAGGCAAGGCCUGAGGAGGCGUUGGGCUACUGCCAGGCCUCCUCCCUCUCACCUGGUUUAGGUAGGCUUUGGCUGGUUCUAUUUGGCAAUAUUCAGGUGCUUGCUUGCAACCAAUACCUCCCCGGGGGCCUGCUGAGCUGCGGCCUGACGAGAGACUGGGCAGCCAGGAGGCUGCUUGGCAGCUGUACCGGUGUGCAAGGGCUGGAGGCCUUCCCUUGGCUCCUCUCCCCUCCCCCAGGGCUCCACCCCUCCCUUGGCCUUCUGGGGGCCCCCCUGGUGCUGGAUUCCCACCAACCUUGGGCUUUUGGAGGUUUCAAUCCCUGUGUGUUCGGUGGUGUUUCCCCCUUUUCUCUUUUAUUUUCUAGGCCUUUACCACUAGCGGCCCCUUUAUCCAUGUCAGUCACCACACCCACCCCCUUCCCCAACUCCCUGGCUAACACAGCAGCUGCCAGACACAGAGCCCUGAGAGCGACCUUCCCUCCAUUGUGUCUGCUGCCUGAAGACUGGGAAGUCAUCCUUUUACACCUCCCCACCUGUCUGAUGGGCUGUGGCAGCGCCCCCUCCCCACAGAGGCCCAGCUGAAAUGGAAUGAUGCCCUCCCCAACACAGUCAGGCCAAGAUGCACCCCGCCCCCCAGAUCCACAAUGGGGACCUAGAGACAAAUCAGUUUAGGGGAGUUGGGGGGUAGGGGAGAAGGCAUUUCUCUUUUCAAAUCAGAGUUGAUAGAGCUCUCUAGGGGAUGGCAGAGCAGGCAUCCAGGGUUGGAGACCCAUGCAGGGUGAGUGAGAGAGAAAAAGAAACAGCCUUUGUGCUUUGGGAGGGUCUUCAGAGCAUCCUUAGUGGGAAGGGAUCAGCUGGUCCCGCCAUGGCACCAGCCCUGCAGCAAAACCUCCUCAGGGCCACCCCGUCCCACCCCUCCCAGGCAAGACCGACCCUUUGAGCUUACCCCUUAAGCAGUAUUGACCCUGCCAUGCUCAGAGGCGUUGUCAUCUUGGUUGCCCCCCUUCCUCUGUGACGGGUCCAUUGCUGGCAGUGGACAGGUGAAAUCCUCACUCCAGCCCACUUCUGGCUCUGCCCCCACUCCCUGAGGGGAGAGGCCCAUCAGAACGCAGCCUAUGCUAUGGUACAUGGUCUUGUCUUGACCACACGAGGACUCUUAGAUAGAAAUUAGCCUUUCCCUUCUUACGGAUCAUUAAAAAAUGACAAUACGACCUGUGGAGAGAAUCUCCUCUUCCUCACUCUGCUGCUCCACCGAGACUGUGCGGACAGCCCCAGCCAGGGUGUGAGCCAGGGCUGGGGGGCUGGGGGACUGGGUAGGAUUGGGAGAAAGGCUGGGAGACUCUGCCUUUGAUAGGAUUGUUUUGUGCGGUUGACCUUGUCCAGCACAGGAUGAAGGGCAUCUCUCAGCCUCUGUGUCCUGGCCAGGCUCCUCAAAUCCAGCAGUGAACAUUCUCCAGGGGCCAGACCUACCUUCGAUUUUACUGUGGCCCCAAUUCCAGAGCUCUGGGGCACCCAGGGAUUCAGGUUUCCAACUACCGGUGGAAGGGUUUCCAGAAGAAAAGCAUCAUCUGGAUUCCCUGUCCCAUCUGCAGAAUUAUUUCCUUGGCCCUAUCCCGUAACUCUGUGCUAUCUCAGUUUUCUGGACCCCAAUACCCUUUCAGGCCCCUCAGGUGGGCCCCUAGACCGCACCACCCGCCUUUGACCUCCCCUCCCAUGACCAAAUCGGGGGUUGGCUUCUUGAUGUCUGCCGGCACAGGGUCUCAGUGAUUCUCAGCCACAGCAAGCCCCUGUGUGGCCAAUCAGGUGUGGCCACUCCAGAUGCUGCCCCAUGGACAUUUCCUGGCACCAUCUUUUCUCUGGGCCCUAUAGAUUCCCAGGGAUAGGAGGUCCUGUGGUAAACCCACCUGGUAUGUGCAGAGCGCUGUUUUUCUUCUUCAUCCAGGUGCCUCAUGGCUCUUGCUGUCCCUCAUAGGGCAUAGAGUCCCCAGCAAAGAGAGGCAACAAUCCAGGGCUUAAGCUCAGGGUCGGUAGGCUCAGAAUUCACCCGGGGUAGCCCAGACUUCAACUCUGCUUUCUUGGGUAUCUUCAGGGCCCUCAUCCCUUAGUGCCCGGGCACCCCAGCUCUGCCAAGCAGUGGGGGUGCUGGCAGGAAGAGUCUGCUGACUCUUUGUGACCCUCUGGUGUCCUGGGUCUCUCUCCACUGGACAUGGCAGCAUUUCUGAGUUACUUCGGAUUGUCAUAUAUAAGGCUAUUGCCUUAGAGCUGCCCUGCAUGGUUGAACCGCUUCUGAGGUCUGCUAGGCACCCUGUCCCUUGUGCCCUGUCCCCUCUGUUGCCAGUAAGUCACAAUGGCCUAUGCUUAUCUACAGCAAUAAUAUAUAGGGAGUGCCCAUGAAAUCCUCUUGUCCUAGUCCCUCACUCUCUGCAUGGGUCUCCUCCUUGGGGAGGCAGUGCUGAGUAGGUCAGUUCCUGAGAACCUGCAUUUAUGAAGCUCUGGGCCAUGCAGAUGUCAUCAUGGGGGAUGGAGAGAGGAGAGAUGCCCGGCCCCCAAGCUAUGGCUAAGGCAGUGAGGGUACCUUCCACCCUGAGACCACCCCAGACCCGGAGGAGCUACAGGUCCCAGCUCUCCCACUUCAAAGUGGGCAGGACUGUCUCCCAAUGCAGCCCCUCAGGACACGUGACUGGUUUGUGCGCCCAUUGCCUGCUCUGUCUCCAUCGGUCUCUCUGUCUCUUCCUUUUCACAUUUGUGCACAUCAAAUAUACUGGUGUUUGUGUUCCAG